CUGUACACUCUUCGCUGGUGCGCUUCUGCUUGUCGGUGGAACCGGUGAAUUUGUUCUGAGCAGGCCGGAUAAAGUAUUUUUUUUCUUCUCUCUCUCUUACUCGAGUUUCUGAGUUUUCGAGUUUUUUUUUUCUGAAAGACAUUCGAGCAUGUCUGGAGAUACGUCGGACACCGUCGUGGAUAUUGAUGGAGGUGUUAUGGAAGGAGGCGGUCAGAUACUUCGCAUUGCCGUUGCACUUAGCGCCCUGUUUAGAAAGCCAAUUCGUGUGAGAAACAUACGUGCUGGUCGCAGCAACCCGGGCCUGAGACCACAACAUCUAUGUGGACUGCAACUGGUGAAGGACAUCUGUGGGGGCCGGAUGGAAGGUGGCCACAUCGGCUCGACGGAGAUCACGUUCUACCCUGGCAUCAUCCGCGGUGGAAAUUACAAGGCAGAUACUGGCACUGCCGGGAGUGUUGUACUACUUUUGCAAGUCGCCUUGCCAUGUCUUCUGUUUGCAGACGGCGCAUCAAAGCUCCACCUGUGCGGUGGCACAAACGUUGACAUGGCACCACAUAUCGACUACACAAUUUCUGUAUUCGCACCUGUAGUAAAAAAGUUUGGAGCAAACCUUGACAUUCGUGUAAUAAGGAGAGGGUAUUUCCCGAAAGGAGGGGGUCGAGUAGAAGUCGAAGUCAAGCCUAGUCAGAGCCUGAAUCCAAUCGAGCUUAUGGACCCCGGAAAAGUAACAAAAAUCGUGGGAAGGUCAUUUGUCGCAGGGUCUUUGCCUAUCAAGGUCGCUCACAUCAUGGCAGAUUGUGCCGCGAGCAUCAUCCGCGAGCAGUGGCAGUCGACACCGUGCAGCGUGGAGAGGCUGAAGGAGAGUGAAGCGAAUGCCUUCGGGACAGGAAAUGGCAUCAUUGUAAUCGCGGAGUCUUCAACCGGUUGCAAAUGGAGCGGGAGCGCAUUAGGAAAGAGAGGAACCCCUGCCGAGGCCGUGGGACGAUCAGCGGCGCGUGAUCUCCUGAAGGAACUCGGGAAGACCUCAUGUGUCGACAGCUAUCUUCAAGAUCAACUUAUUGUGUUCAUGGCUCUGGCAGGUGGAACAUCACGUAUCCUAUCUGGUCCUCUGACCCUGCACACUGAAACUGCCAUACAUGUGGCUCACAUUCUUACAAAGGCAAAGUUUACAAGCUCUCAGCGGGGAACCUCACACAUCCUUGAAUGCACCGGAGCUGGGUGCGUGACUCAGCGUUAAUUUAAAUAAAGACUGUCGUUCUUGUCA